CCCCCCCCCCCUUGAGCUGGGACCUAUUGGAAAGUUGGAAAGCUCCUGUAUCCACCCGUGGUAGUGCAUAGUACCGCUUUUGAAGACAAAGAGGAGGGUGGGUCCCUUUGCCAGCAAAGGAUGGGGCUGAAGCAAUUAUGCGUCGGCAGUGCAAUCCGGCAGGCCCUUAGGACCACAGCACGCCCGAAGCAUAAUAUGCUGAAGUCAGCUGCGACCCUCCAGGAUGCUGCUGAAUUCACAGAUUCGUGCACAGAGCGCUCCAAAUCAACUUACAGCGCAUCCACUUCCAGCCCCUCCCUCGAACCGUCCUCUAGAAUUCUAGGCGCCGAGCCCUCCAGCCCGUGCUCAACUCAGCGAGCGCGCUUCGAUCCACCCUCCUUCUCUAGCCGCAUCUUCUUUCGACCUUUCAGACCCCACUGUCACAAAUCCUCCUCCCAGUUCGCUGUCUCUGCCGCAUCCUUUCGCCAGCCAGGGGCCUCUUUUGCAACCACUGCGUUUCUAGCUGGGCCUUCUCUUGCUUCCGGUGCACCAGACCCCUCGAACGCCAACCAAACGGUCAGCAAUUUUGGGACCGGUUCGUCUGAUCAGCAGAAGGAGGUUUCGAAGCUGCGGCCGGCGUUCAAACGGAAAACAAAUGCGAAGGCCGUUCAGGGAAGUGCUGACGUACCGCCUGGGGCCCGUCAGCUGGCUACCGCUGCCGCUGCGCAAUCGGGGUUGCGGGAUGCUCCAGUGAGCGGCGGUUCGAUGGACCAGGGGGUGGGAAAGCCAGCAAGGGCGCUGCCGCCUCUGCCCCCCCGGAAGAAGACGAAGGCCCUCCGAAAAACGGCGCAACAUAUCAUGAACAUUCUGGACCAGGAGGCUGUGGCAGAGCUGAAGCAAAAGAAGAACUACCCAGACUUUCGUCCAGGGGAUGUCCUAGAAUUAGACAUGAUUGUACCGGAAAACAGGCGGCGAACAGCGGUCGUUCGAGGGGUGUGCCUAGCUCGGCGGAACCGCGGGGUGGGCUCUACGUUCGUCAUUCGAAGGGUAGUCGCAGGGGAGGGCAUGGAGUACACGUACCCCUUGUACUCUCCUAACAUUCAAGAGAUCAAGAUCAUUGAGAGGCGACCAGUACGAAGAGCCAAGCUUUUCUACCUGCGAGACUGGAACCCUCGGGAAUGCACCGUGUAGGGCCUUGUUCAAAAAGUGCUCUCGCUUUACGGUACCUGGUUAUGCAAACCUUAUCCAAGGCAAACAAGUUAGUAGACUGAAAAUGGAGUGCGGCUGACAGAAAUUGAAUCAUCUGAGCGGUUAAAGGUCUGAUGCUGGUUGCCCAUCUUGAUAUCAUGCUCAAAUAUUGUCAAGUCCUGCGCUCUUGGGCUGCACUCAAAAACUGAGAGGAGUGUUGGAUGACAUGCAUGGAGGAAUUCAGGUGGUGAUUGCGUCAGGUCAGUCGGCCCCUUCCAAUCAGCUGAGGGCCAGAUUCGUGUACAGAUGUAAGCAAAGAGUCCUCCAGCCGACUUGUCUAGGAAUCCUCCAUACUCCACAAAAGUUGCCAAUUGCAUAACAUAGUGAGGGCCGCCGCAUCACAGCUAGCUUGCCAGGCAUACGGUUACGGGUAUGCAACCCCCAGU